AUGCCCCUGACCGGUGUGAAAAAUGUUGUCCUGGUCCUUUCAGGCAAAGGAGGAGUAGGCAAGUCCUCUGUGACCCUGCAGCUCGCCCUCGCACUCUCAUUACAAGGCAAAUCCGUCGGCAUCCUUGACAUCGACCUGACGGGACCGUCAAUGCCGCGCCUCGUCGGGCUCGAGGAUGCCAAAAUCACACAAGCCCCAGGCGGAUGGAUGCCCGUGCCAGUCCACAGUGCAGAAACUCCUGAAACCGAGUCCACACAACCGUCUCGCGGUUCCCUACGCUGCAUGUCCCUCGGCUUCCUCCUGCGUGAUCGCGGGGAUGCGGUGAUUUGGCGCGGGCCUAAGAAGACCGCCAUGAUCCGUCAAUUCUUGUCUGAUGUCUUUUGGGGCGAAACGGAUUAUCUUUUGAUCGAUACACCGCCUGGAACGAGUGACGAGCAUAUCGCGCUUGCGGAGCAGCUUCUCACGCUUUCGACGGUGGACGCCGCGGCGGCUGCUCAGUCGGGCGUUCCGCGACUGGCUGGCGCGGUGCUCGUGACGACCCCACAAGCCGUUGCGACUUCGGAUGUGCGCAAGGAGGCGAACUUCUGUGUCAAGACUAACAUUCCCGUCCUGGGUGUCAUCGAGAAUAUGUCUGGAUAUGCUUGCCCUUGCUGUGGCGAGGUUAGCAAUCUAUUUUCCAGCGGUGGUGGGCAGGUCAUGGCUCAGGAAUUGUCUCUUUCAUUUUUGGGCAGCGUGCCUAUCGAUGUGAAGUUCGGUGAAUUGGUUGAAGGAAAGCUGGAGCGUGGAGACAGCGAUGACGAAGAUGAAGAUGAUGUUCCCAAGGGCGAGCCCGAGGAAACCCCUGCUGAGCCGGAUCAUCGGCCGCUCGUCGAGCGUUACCGCGAGACCUGGUCAUAUCCUCGGUUCGAGGGUUUUGCACAGACAUUGCUUGGCCGCAUCGAGGGACAAGGCGCCACGGCCUAG